AUGUCUUUUUAUGCCCAUUUUGUGCAUCGUCAGUUCGCCGAAUUGGCGCUGUCGCACGAGCUGAUGCGGCAGACGUGCGAGGUGAACAGAAAAGUGCCAAAAAAGCCGACAGCAGUACCCGCUCUGCUGAUCGCCGCCGAGGAGAACAGCUCGGCCGGACAUACAGCGCGAUCCGGCCUCGGUGGCGCCGCCAGUGGCAGCCUCAACCUGAAGCCGAGCGUUUUACUCGCACCAACAACUCGUCUCCGUGGCAACAGCGGAAGCAGCCAGAGCAACAGCAAUUGCCAACCGGCCUCGGCCGUUGCAUCCUCUUGUCCUCAAGACAGAGACGUCGGUCCGCCGAGCAUCGACAUGACGACCGUGCGUGCUUGUGGCCCCGUCUUCACGAGUCACCUCGCCGCCUACCAUCUUCAGUUGGCCCGGCUCUGCUAUGCUCGUAGUCAGCUCGCAGAUGGUACCAGUCAUUCCUUGUCGUCGUCGACGUCGUCGUCGGUGACGGUUUCGGCGGCUGCAGAAGCGAUCGGUCGGGCAGAGGCCAGUCUCGGAGUGGCUCUUGUCGCCAGUCCGGGUUGCGUGGAGGCCUGGGCGUUGCUGGGACAUCUGCAGGAGAGCCAACCGACGGCGGAUCAGGUCGAGAGGAGAAGUAACGCCAGAGCCUGCUUCGAACGGUGCCUGGCGCUGGUGGAAUGGCCCCCGAAAGAGGCUCACUUUUUGCUCAUUCAACUUGGCCAGAUUUACCUUGACGAAAAGAAGGUACAUGAGCUGUACAUGGUAGUCUUAAAAAUCUAA